CUGCGCCUGCUCCCCGCCGGCCCGGGCGCGCGCCCCAAGGAGCUGCGCUUCCACUCCAUCCUCAAGGUGGACUGCGUGGAGCGCACCGGCAAGUACGUCUACUUCACCAUCGUCACCACCGACCGCAAGGAGAUCGACUUCCGCUGCGCCGGCGAGAGCUGCUGGAACGCGGCCAUCACGCUGGCGCUCAUCGACAAAUUAUUGGACUAUCUAUGUAUUUAUUUUGAUGACUUUUGUCGGCACAUCGCGUCUUAUGUCUUAAUAUUCUGUUUUUGCACCAGUGGCGUUCCCAAUAAACCACUGAUCCGUUCCAUUUUCUACCCGCGGGUGCGGUGUGCGUUCCUGGGAAGGGGGGGCGGGCCGCAGUCACCGGGGUGCGGCCGGUCAGCAGGGCAGGGCAGGGCAGGGCUUGAAUGAAUGAGCGGGCCACCUCCUUUCCAGCAGCCUCUCCAGAGGCAGGAAGUGCCUUGGAGUUCAGCCCGGGCGACUUCCGCUCCGGUGUGACCGGCAGGACUGGACGGGGGAGGGAGGUCAUUUACACACGGCUGGCCGCCAGGUCCGGAGCCCG